UUUUGAUGCAGUUCCUCACAUGGCAGAUGUAGCAAAAGUAGCACGCUCUUCGAAACGGAGUCCCCAGUCAAGACAGUCGUUCGAUGUGGAAGUCUUGAGGUACCUUAUGUCGCAGAAACGAGUCCGGCGUGCGAUCGCCCUCGAUUCUGAGGAGAGUAAUGCAGAGGAACGCGAGGCAAGCAGGCUAUUGCUACUCUCAUCCAUCGGGCAUGCUCUGUUGGAUGCGGACGAUCGAGAGCAGGGGACCGCUGAGUCGGCGAAUAUGAGAUCACCUAACAACGCAGCUGAAGGAUUUGUAAUGCCUUUGAGAACAAAGGUACCAAGCCAGCAGCAGCAUCAUCAUCACGUAGAAGCGUCUCCGAAAAUCCAAUUCCAUUCGAAGAACAGCCGUGAUUUAGUUCCCCAUGAGCUGCCACCAGACGCAUUCGGGGAGUAUCCUAGUCUCGACAUAAAUAGGGCGCACUUGGAGGUCUCAAACCCGGUGCCUGUGCCGAUGAAUCGUCCUCCCUCUCAUGUGUCUAACGCCUUGUUGCACAUCACUCGAGAUCCCCCAGCUGCUUACGAUGACCUCUUCGGUGGUGCUCCGCCGGGUCCUACUCAACCUCGCGUUGUACAUGUGGCUAAGCAAUCAAAUCGACCAGUCAUACCUCCUCCGGACUAUACCCAAUCGCAUAUUCCCGUUGAGUCCUCAAGUCCCUCCAAUGUUACACGGCCGAGAUCUAAACUUUAUCCUACACUGGACCAGGAAGAGCAAACACGUCCAUGUGCUGCAAAUGAGGGACUCUCCAAGGUUACUCCUGAUGUUGCUGAGACUGCUGGAGCGUCACAACCUUCUAGCAGCAUUGUGGCAACGGUGGAGCUGGGGAGAAACAGUGUAGGUGAGGAAACAGCGCGAGUGGAAACGCAGUCAGUGAGCGCUGAUGUGGUAUGCGAGAACCACCGGCCGCUGCUAGUAGAGGAUGAGCACUCGUCUAGCUCGGCUAAUGGAGAUCUUCCAGAAGAAGUUUCGACGAUUGACCGGCUGAAUGGGACUAUUGGAGAAGUAGAGCCCUCUGUUCAGAGGACUGCAGUCGAACAGCUUUCGUCGAAUGAUCCUCCUGCUGGUCAGCUGCCGAGUAGUGAACAGAGGGAACUUUCAAGGUGGUCAGCAACAACUAAAGAGGAGGUAUCCUCCCCUCCAGACUUGGCCUUAGUGCUCGAUAUCCGUGACGAUGAUGCUUCUUGUUUCGGCCCCCGUCCUCAAGGAGACCUCAGUCCAGCUGCUAUGGGGCUCGUUGGAGACUAUGUGCCUGGUGUACAUGAAGUUAUUGACUUGGACGAUUCUGACUCGGACGAGUCGGAUGCGACGUCGUGGGUUCAACAGCGACGACAGAUUCCGGUUGUGAAGGAGUCCAGAGACAGAGAGGAGACCGUGUUUUUGGAGGAUAAGCCCUCUGGCACAAAACAGGAGGUUCUUGCAUCGAUCGACGAUGAGUCCCCAAGGGAAGGAAUAGUCAUGAUAGAUCUGCAGGAUGGAGAAGACGAAGAGGAGGACGGCGGCGGCGGCGGCGGUCAGUUGUCCCCACAGGGUAAUGCUUACUCGGAGAUCAGCUCGAUGGACGACAACGCUGCAGACCGUGCAGGACUAUGAGAAGC